AUGGAUAUUGAUGUGUUUAAUGCUUGGGAGAGAUCGAGAUUUGAAGAUGAAACCGUAAUGCCACCUGGGUUUAGGUUUCAUCCGACUGACGAAGAGCUCAUCACUUACUACCUCCUCAAGAAGGUUCUCGACUCCAGUUUCUCUUGUGCCGCCAUUUCUCAAGUUGAUCUCAACAAGUCUGAGCCUUGGGAGCUUCCUGAGAAAGCGAAAAUGGGGGAGAAAGAGUGGUACUUCUUCACGCUAAGGGAUCGAAAAUACCCGACGGGGCUGAGAACGAACAGAGCAACAGAAGCUGGUUACUGGAAAGCGACUGGCAAAGACAGAGAGAUCAAGAGCUCAAAGACAAACUCGCUCCUCGGGAUGAAGAAAACUCUUGUCUUUUACAAAGGCAGAGCUCCCAAAGGUGAAAAAAGCUGCUGGGUCAUGCAUGAGUAUCGCCUCGACGGCAAAUUCUCUUACCAUUACAUUACUUCCUCCGCUAAGGAUGAAUGGGUUCUCUCUAAAGUUUGUCUUAAAAGUGGCUUAGUCAACAGAGAGACGAAAUCGAUUUCUUCGUCUUCCGUCGCCGGUGUCACUGUCAAUGGCUCCUCGUCCACCGGAUCUGUAAUCGCUCCGAUUAUGGAUGCCUUUGCGACGGAGCACGUGUCCUGUUUCUCCAAUAACUCUGCUGCGAGCUUUCCUACGUACCUUCCAGCUCCACCACCGUCACUGCCACAUCAGCAGCCUCGCCGCAUCGCUGAUGACGACGUGGCCUUGUUCGGUCAGUUGAUGGAUCUGGGAGCUGCUUCUGGACAGUUCAACAUCGACGCAGCGUUUUUACCGAAUCUACCUUCGCUUCCUCCGACGGUUCUUGCUCCUCCUCCUCAUCAGGCAUUCGGAGUGUACGGUGGCUCAGCCGUGAGUUGCUGGCCGUUUGCUAUCUGA